GUCACGGGACGCACCUGGCUCUGGGAGAGGCUUGGGAGUUACCUUGUUCCUUCCCUCUUCAUCUGCCUUUCCACUCUGUGACUUGAGUGGGCUUCUCCGGGUACAGUGAAGCCCUGUGAGUGUGUUGGCACCAGGCUUUCAAGAGCAAUAGUUUCGCGACAUUGUGCAGUAGAAAUAUUCUAUUUCUACAACUGCUCAAGUUUUGACAUACAAGAUGAAGCAAGAUCCCACAAGAAAUGCUGCCUACACUGUGGAUUGCGAUGAUUAUGUACAUGUGGUAGAAUUUAAUCCCUUUGACAGUGGGGAUUCAGGAAAUCUAAUUGCAUAUGGUGGCAAUAAUUAUGUGGUUAUUGGCACAUGUACAUUUCAGGAGGAGGAAGCAGACAUUGAAGGAAUUCAAUAUAAAACCCUUCGAACAUUUCACCAUGGAAUCAGGGUUGAUGGCAUAGCUUGGAGCCCAGAGACUAGACUUGAUUCAUUGCCUACAGUAAUCAAAUUUUGUACUUCAGCUAUUGAUAUGAAAAUUAGAUUAUUUACUUCAGAUCUUCAAGAUAAAAAUGAAUAUAAGGUAUUAGAGGGUCAUUCAGAUUUCAUUAAUGGUUUGGCAUUUGAUCCCAAAGAAGGUCGAGAAAUCGCAAGUGUGAGUGAUGAUCAUACCUGCAGGAUUUGGAACUUGGAAGGAGCACAAACAGCUCAUUUUGUUCUUCAUUCCCCUGGAAUGAGUGUGUGCUGGCAUCCUGAAGAAAAUUUUAAGCUGAUGGUUGCAGAGAAGAAUGGAACAAUCCGAUUUUAUGAUCUGUUGGCCCAACAGGCUAUUUUGUCUCUUGAAUCAGAACAGAUACCAUUAAUGUCAGCACACUGGUGCUUAAAAAACACCUUCAAAGUUGGAGCUGUUGCAGGAAAUGAUUGGAUAAUUUGGGAUAUCACUCGGUCCAGUUAUCCUCAAGAGACAAGACCUGUGCACAUGGAUCGAGCCUACCUAUUCAGAUGGUCCACAAUUAGUGAAAACUUGUUUGCAACCACUGGUUAUCCAGGCAAAAUGACAAGCCAGUUGCAGAUUCAUCAUCUAGGACACACUCAGCCUGUCCUCACUGGUUCUGUAGCCGUUGGAUCUGGCCUUUCCUGGCAUAGAACUCUACCACUGUGUGCAAUUGGAGGAGACCACAAGCUGUUGUUUUGGGUGACUGAAAUAUAAAAUAAAUUUUCUUUGUACUUUAGAUUCUUAAACUUUGUAUUUUUAGUACAUAUUUUGGAAACUCCUUAUUUUUAUAUCAGAUAUACUGUAAAUUCUAGAAAUGUCUCAGUUACUGAUUUUGUUAAAUAAAAUAUUGAUGAUUUGAAAAAUUA